UGAUGAUUGAGUUUGAUUCGAUGAUUUCGAUGGUGUUGUGUAUUUUGAUUCAAUUUUAUAUUUGAUUUACGUAGUUAUCGGAAGAAUUUCGAGAUUAAUUCAUUAUUAAUUAAUUCAUAAGUGUUUCGUACAUCGUUUUAAUAUUUUACAUUAGUUUUAACGUUUAAUUUGCUUCCAAAAUCAUGGCGCUAAAGUUGGUAGUUGGUCAAAAAAUUAUGAACGAUGUCAUCAAACAGAAGAAGAAAUCUGGGAAAGAAGUUGAAUGGCGUGUUUUAGUAGUCGAUCAGCUCGCCAUGAGAAUGGUUUCAGCUUGCUGUAAAAUGCACGAAAUCUCUGCUGAAGGAAUCACAAUCGUUGAAGAUUUACUGAAACGAAGAGAGCCGUUACCUUCAAUGGACGCAGUGUACCUAAUAACUCCGAGCGAGAAAUCGGUACACGCUCUGAUGAGAGAUUUUGAGAACCCGAAUCGAACAAUGUAUCGCGCUGCUCACGUCUAUUUCACCGAAGUAUGCCAAGAGGAAUUAUUUAACGAAUUAUGUAAAUCUCCGGCAGCGAGAAAAAUUAAAACGCUGAAGGAAAUUAAUAUCGCUUUUCUACCUUACGAAUGUCAGGUGUUUUCUUUGGAUACGCCGGAGACAUUCCAAUGUUAUUAUAAUCCAUCGUACGCUAGCACCAGGCUUGCCAAUAUGGAACGUAUCGCCGAGCAGAUCGCCACCCUGUGCGCUACGUUGGGCGAAUACCCAUCUGUUCGUUACAGAGCUGAUUUUGAUCGCAACGCCGAACUUGCCCAAAUUGUGCAGCAGAAACUAGACGCUUACAAAGCGGACGAGCCAACAAUGGGCGAAGGUCCGGAGAAAGCUAGAUCCCAGUUGAUGAUAUUGGAUCGAGGAUUCGAUUGCGUUUCACCAGUUCUUCACGAGUUGACAUUCCAAGCGAUGGCCUACGAUUUAUUACCCAUCGAAAACGACGUAUAUAAAUACGUCGCUACAUCAGGUGCUCCGGAAAAAGAAGUAUUAUUAGAUGAAAACGAUGACCUGUGGGUGGAACUCAGACACGAGCAUAUUGCCGUCGUAUCUCAAAACGUGACGAAAAAUUUGAAAAAGUUCAUCGAUUCUAAACGUAUGCCUGCAGGCGACAAGCAAUCGAUGCGAGAUUUGUCGACGAUGAUCAAGAAAAUGCCUCAGUAUCAGAAAGAACUGAGUAAAUAUUCUACUCAUCUUCAUUUAGCGGAAGAUUGCAUGAAGAGUUUCUCAGGCAUGGUCGAUAAAUUAUGCAAAGUCGAGCAGGAUUUAGCCACCGGUUUAGACGUCGAAGGCGAACGAAUCAAAGACCACAUGCGUAACAUUGUGCCUGUCUUACUGGAUCAAAACAUUAGCAAUUUCGAUAAAAUGCGUAUCAUCAUAUUGUAUGUAAUUUCCAAAAACGGCCUAUCCGAAGAAAACCUCAACAAAGUUGUCCAACACGCUCAACUUCUACCCGAAGAAAAACAAGCCAUCAUUAAUUUGUCUCAUCUCGGUCUAAAUUCAGUGGUGAAUGGUAACCGCAAGAAAAUAUAUCAAAUCACACGUAAAGAAAGAAGCGCCGAACAUCAAUACCAGAUGUCACGUUGGACGCCGAUAGUUAAAGAUCUAAUGGAAGAUUGUAUCGAUGAUAAGCUUGAUCUCAAACAUUACCCAUUCUUAGCUGGUCGAGCUGCCUCUACCGGAUACCAUGCUCCUACAAGCGCUCGUUAUGGUCACUGGCAUAAAGAUAAAGGUCAACAGUCGCUGAUUAAGAAUGUACCUCGUUUGAUCGUAUUCAUCAUCGGCGGUGUCAGCUUCUCAGAGAUGAGAUGCGCGUACGAAGUUACAAGCGGUGUGAAAAAUUGGGAGGUGAUCAUCGGUUCAUCGCAUGUCCUGACUCCGGAGAAUUUCCUCACGAAUUUGGGCGAAUUGAGUUCUUAAGAUGUAAAUCGGAAUGAGGGAAUUUCGAAGAUGGAAUUUUUAUUCUUCUCUCCUUCGCUUGUUUUCGCUUCUGGUCUAUUAUUCCAUCCGCUUUGUUUCUUUUUUUAAAAUUUUACAAUUUUAAUAAUAUUAAUUACUUUUAAUUGUUCAAUUUUUUUUCAAUGUUAUUUUAGUUUAAAACUAAAAAAUUCAUACUAGAUUACCAUUUUGUUAUCUCGAAUAUCGUUUUGAUUUUUAUUUGCGGCAGUGUCCGGUUGGAAAGUUAACAGUGUGAUAGAGAGAGUGAAGAAGGAAAAGAUGUUACUCGAUGACAGUGAAAUGCAUUUAUUAUUAUUUUUUUUCUCCAACUAUCCGCGUCAGAAUUUCUGCGUUAUCCGUUGUUCGAUGUUAUAUAAAGUCAUAGUUCAUUUGUUGCAUACUUUGCAUGCUUCUAACGUUCCUUUCUUAUACUUCAUUUCGCCAUAAUACUGAUUUUGUUUUUUGUUUAUUUUUUUGUUGUUAUGAAAAACAUACGUACUUACACUUGGCUCUAUGUUAUAUUUUACGUGCGAGAAUUUUGAAUAUUAUAGAAAAUGCAGAAACAGAUUGCAUGGUUAACGUUAUUUGUAAUGUUUUAGUAUAAUAUGUACUAUAACCUACAUUACGUGAGAAUUUUCACAUUUAUAUAUACUCACCCGAGUUCUGUUUUGAAUAUUUUCUAGGAUAUAUUUAUUAGGGACACUUUUUGUUUUUUUAUUGUUAUCGUUAUUUUGGCAUCGUUGCAUUCCAAUUACUUUUUUUAAAAACUACUUCCUUUUAUUGUAAUUAUUUAAACAUUGAUGAAAGGAUAUCAUUUUUAAUUCAAUUUUUUUACGUUAAUUCGACGUUAGCCCACUUUAAUCGUUUAUUUGUUGAAUAGACAUUAUUAAUUUUAAGUACAUAGUUGUUUCUUAUAUGGCGAUCGUAUCGUUGUUUUUUCUUUUUCGGUUUUAUGUUGCCAGCAUAGUCGUGUACCAGAGGCUACCCUUGUAGCUUUUUAGAUUCUUACUUUUCAUGUUACUACUCGAUAGUUGUAUAUCUUUGAGCAAUUAAUAAAUGCUUUUUGUUUAUUUA